AUGACGACGUCCGGAUCCACGUCCGCGCCGGCUGCUGCCGCCGCCUCUGCGUCGCCUUUUGGGGCGGCUGGCCUGGAUGCAGCGCCGGGCGUGGAUCUGGUCGAGGGCCCGACCUCGGCGUCUAUUACAUCUACGCCUGGUGGUCUGGACUUGGAUACGCUCGACGGGCUCGAGCCGACGCCGGUUGGGGCGUCCGCCUCCCCGGGCACUUUGCCCGCCGAGGCUUUGGCGCCGGGUGGGGGCCACGGGGCCGAUUCCGUCGACUUGCUGGGCUUGGACCUCGACGACAGCCCGGCACCGACUGGUCCGUCAUUUGUCUCCGGGCUGUCUGUCACGCGCCUGGCCGCCGCCAUCAGGGCGCUCUCGCCGGAGGACUCCGCCAAUUUGAGGGCGGCCAUGGCGGAAGCGGAUGCCACGCCCGACGAGGAUACCGCGGCUGGCGGCGACCCGGGCACUUCAUCGCCCGCCGGUUUUGGGACCACAGCCAAGGCGUCUCCUAAGGCCGCCCCGGUGCCGCCAGCGCCCGACUUCGACUGGGACGCCCUGACCAUCUAUCUCGACGAGCUGGAGCCGACGGCGGCGACCAAGGCUCCUCCGCCGCCCUUCAUGGAGCCCGCCUUGCCGGGGCCGCCUGCUCCUAUCUAUGGUUCGCGGGCCAACGCCGGUGCCCGCUCCGCCCGAGCUCCAGGGGCAGGAGGACGACCAUCAUCGGCAGGAGCACCUUCGGGAGCAGGCGGCCAGGAGCCGGGCCGCCAACUUCCCCCGGACGCCGACUACGACACCGCCUUGGCCACCAGCAUCGAGCGGGAGAUGGCGGAGCAGCGCGCCUUGGGGCCUCGCGGACAGGGCGUCGGUCGGUGGCCGUCUUCGGUCAUGACCUUCAGAACGCCUACCGCCAGUGGGCGGUGCGGUGCCCCGGGCACUGUGGGACGUUCCUGCCCACCGACCAUGCAGGGCGUCACGCUCUGGUUCCACUACGCCACAUGUGCUUUGGCGCGGCGGCGAGCGUCUGGAACUUCAAGGGCAGCCGACGCCGUCCAGAUGCUCAUGCGGGCGUUCCUCCUGGUUCUCCUGGGCCACUUUGUCGACGACUUCAAUGGCGCCGAGGACAACCACACCGCCGAGUCCGCCCACAACGCCGUGGCCGAGUUCUUCGCCGCCCUCGGGGUCUGGCUUAGCCCCACGGAGGAGUGCCGGAAGAAGAUUCUGGCGCAGAUCGACGAGGCUAGCCGGUCGCCUCACAUUACGGCGGCCAACUCGGCGGACACGUUGUCCUUGGGUUUCCGGGCGGCGCUCUCAGCGCUCCGGCGGCUGGUGGACCAGUCUCGCCCCAGGCUAGUGCCCUGGCCGGGGCGGGUGCAGGGCCCCUUCCCGGUGCUCUACGCGGACGCCUUCUUCCUGGACGGCGACUUGCGCCGCAAGCCGGGGCACCUCGAGCCGGGGGACAACGUCCCCAAAGACGCCCGGUGGCGAAACGGUUGGGGCUUCGUGCUGCUCCUGGGCGAUCACGUCUUCUACGACUUCGGCGUCAUCAAGCCCGAGCUCCUCCAGCCGUUCGUCCUCCCCCUGGUCGUCUUCGCCCGCCGCCUGGGCGACGACUCGGUGGCUCGCCGGGAAGGCUGGACCCGCGUGCCGUCGCCGGUGGACGACGUCAUGCGGGUCCUGGGUCACGCGGCGCAGGACAUUGACUUCGCCUGCAAUGCCGCUCCUGAGAAGCUGCUUGAUUUAGCCAUGUGGUAG